AUGGAGCACCUGAGGCAACCUGAGCCGCUACGUUUGACAGCGGAUGGCGGAAGGAACUGGAAGCGGUUUCGUCAGCAGUUCGAGUUUCUUCUGGAAGCGACGGUAUGCAAAGCCAAUCCGAGGUCGGAAGCGACGAAGACGGCCCUGCUCCUCAGCGUGGCGGGGGAGGAAGCCUUGGACGUUUUCAACAAUUUUGUGUUCAGCGGAGAAGAGAACAAGGAAGACUACAACACCGUGUUUGCCAAGUUCGAAGAAUACUGCACGGAGCAACAGAAUGAAAUCCACGAGCGCUACGUUUUCCGUUCCCGUAGUCAAGGUGAGGCGGAGCCUUUUGAACAGUUUCUACGCGAGUUGAAAAAACAAGCGCAGCACUGCAACUUUGGGACCAUGGUAGACGACAUGGUACGAGACCAAAUUGUCUUUGGAACAAACUCGCCAAGGCUUCGAGAAAAGAUGCUCAGGGACAAAAACCUGACCUUGGAAAAGGUUGUCAUCCUAUGCAAGGCGGCUGAAACAUCAACUCGUCAAAACGAAUUCUGGCAGAAAACAAAGGAAGAACUCGAUAUGAACGCUGUCACAGCCAGCAAGAGCACUCCUAGAGGGUCCAGGCACGACCUAAAAUGCAACCGCUGCAACCGAAGGCAUGCCGUGAGACGCUGCCCAGCUUACGGCAAAGUCUGUUACUCGUGUAAUGGGCGAAACCACUUCGCGUCCUGUUGCAGCGAGAAGGAGCGCGUAUACGAAGUGCAGCAUCAGAACGACGAAUUCGACAUACUGAAUGUCACCAGCAGCAGCGCAGGCAGAGAACGAGACUGGCGUGUGAACGCAUGCAUUGACGUCAAGUACGUCACCUUCAAGGUGGACGCAGGAUCGCAGGCAAACAUUUCGCCACUUUCAGUGUUUCGUAAGCUCAAGAUGACCAGUCUGAUGCCCAGUUGCGCCGUUCUGAGAUCCUACGGUGGCAACAUGAUCAAGCAUAUCGGGAAGUUUUCAACGCCCGUCAAGAUUGGGCGCGCCCCGCGUGAAUACACGAUUGCGCUGCACAAGGAUGCCGUGCCAGUCGUCCAGCCAGCUAGAAGAGUGCCCCUGUCCCUGCGAGAGCCUCUCCGUACUGAACUUGACAGAAUGGAAAAGGAAGGCAUCAUCCAGAAGGUCAGCAGCCCCACAGAUUGUGUAAGCCCCCUUGUCAUUGUACUAAAGAAAGACGGAAAAUUGCGAGUCUGCAUGGACCCAAGACGCAUCAACGAAAACAUCAAGAGGGAGCACUACCAAAUGCCGCGCAGAGAGGAUAUUGAGGAAGACCUAGCAGCUUCGCCCGUGGCAGCUCAACAGUCGUCGCCUCAACCAUUGCGACGCAGCCGACGACAGACCCGGCAGCGAGAGCGUCUGGGUUAUGACCAGCAGUUCCAGCAGACGAGCCAGCGGUAUUAA